UUUCACAUUUCCCUCCACACAUCCCUUAUCCUCUUGCGUAUCUCUCUUUGUUUCCAUUCUACCUCACCUUUCUUUUCUUUCCGAGAAGAAUGAGACGCAAGAUCAAAAUGAACCCCAUUAACACAAUCCUUAAACCAGCCCCCAGCUUCAUUAAAGCAGAGUAAUUUUAUUUUUGUUUUAACGAUGGCUACCAAAUUGGCCUUCAGUUUGUCAUCUCCUCGAUUCUCCACUGCUCCCAUAAGCAAGCCUUUCAUUUCUCCAUGUUCUUCCAAGGUUCAGCCGAUCAGUGGAAGAAGACAUGCUUGCCUCCGGAGAAGGAUUUUCUUGGUUCCCGUCAAGGCUACUGCCGAUCAGCAAGGUCAGGUGCAAGAAGAUGAUGUAGUGGACAGCAAGAUUCUGAACUACUGCAGCAUAGAAAAUAAGGACAAGAAGUCAUUGGGAGAAAUGGAGCAGGAUUUUCUUCAAGCACUACAGUCAUUUUACUACGAAGGAAAAGCGAUAAUGUCUAACGAGGAAUUCGACAAUCUCAAGGAAGAACUGAUGUGGGAAGGAAGCAGUGUUGUUAUGCUAUCUGCUGAUGAGCAGAGGUUCUUGGAAGCUUCGAUGGCAUAUGUAGCUGGGAACCCAAUUUUGAGCGACAAAGAAUUUGAUGACCUAAAACUGAAGUUGAAGACAGAAGGCAGUGACAUUGUAGUUGAAGGUCCAAGAUGCAGUCUUCGCAGCAGGAAGGUCUAUAGUGACCUCAAUGUGGACUACCUCAAGAUGUUACUUCUGAAUGUUCCGGCCACUGUUGUCGCACUUGGCUUGUUUUUCUUCUUGGAUGAUGUGACUGGUUUUGAGAUCACAUACCUUCUGGAACUUCCGGAGCCAUUCAGUUUCAUCUUCACUUGGUUUGCUGCGGUCCCUCUCAUAGUCUGGGGAGCUCUAACGCUUACAAACGCAAUCCUCAAGGAUUUUAUCAUCCUCAAGGGCCCGUGCCCAAACUGUGGCACUGAGAAUGUCUCUUUCUUUGGAACCAUACUCUCCAUUUCCAAUGGCGGCACUACCAACAACCUCAAAUGCUCCAAUUGUGGGACUGAACUGAUCUACGAUGCCAAAUCGCGGCUGAUCACUCUGCCAGAUUGAAGCCUGGUCUGAGAUGGUUAAUGGUAAAUAAUAUGCACUCUUCUUCUAGGCCCUGUCUCUUGAUCCAUUCUACUGUACUGGCGAGACCGAUGUAUCGAUAUUGCUUGACGGACAAUGGAUGGUGUGAAGUCUAGGGUGGAGAAUUUUGAAGCGACAGGAAGUGGAAAUGGAAACUGAAUUUCAGAAUGGGAAAAUAGGUUGUAUAGUGAGGCCUGAGGGGAUCUGUUAAGAGGAUUUUGUUGCCCAAAUGGAUUCGAUUAAUAAUGAAGAAGUCGACUUCACUGUCUAUAAUGGUACUUCAUAAAGGCUGUACCUUUGUAGAUUUUCCUAAAUACCCAUCUAUCAGGUAUAGGCCCUCAUACAUAUAUACGCUAGGUAAGGUCAGUUUUUGCCAAGGUUAGCAUGAGUGGUAACUUGAACAAAUGGAUAUAGUAACU